CCGAGCGCGGGCCGAGGCGGCGCGACGAGCUACCCGAGGUUGGCGGGCCCCGAGCGAGACUAGCGCAGCGAGCAGCGAAGAGCGCGACCGGUGUCUGGCGCCAGAUCCGAACAUCUCAAGGAACCCCACGGUUCUCUGUAUUUCCUCCCCCGUGCUAGUCCCCCCACAACACAGUCACCAUGGACGCGAUCAAGAAGAAGAUGCAAGCGAUGAAGCUGGAGAAGGACAACGCCAUGGACCGCUCCUUGGUGUGCGAGCAGCAGGCCCGCGACGCCAACGUCCGCGCCGAGAAGGCUGAGGAGGAGGCCCGCUCUCUCCAGAAGAAGAUCCAGGCCAUUGAGAACGACCUGGACCAGACCCAGGAGCAGCUCACGCUGGUCUCCGCCAAGCUCGACGAGAAGGACAAGGCCCUGCAGAUCGCCGAGAGCGAGGUCGCCGCCCUGAACCGUCGCAUCCAGCUCUUGGAGGAGGACCUGGAGCGCUCUGAGGAGCGACUAGCCACCGCCACCUCCAAGCUGGCGGAGGCUUCCCAGGCCGCCGAUGAGUCCGAACGUGCACGCAAGAUCCUGGAAAACCGCAGCUUGGCAGAUGAAGAGCGAAUGGAUGCCCUGGAAAAUCAGCUGAAGGAAGCCAGGUUCAUGGCUGAGGAGGCUGAUAAGAAAUAUGAUGAGGUUGCCCGUAAGCUGGCCAUGGUUGAGGCUGACCUGGAGCGUGCGGAAGAGCGUGCUGAGGCAGGAGAGGCGAAAAUUGUGGAGCUUGAAGAGGAGCUGCGUGUUGUCGGCAACAACCUGAAGUCCCUGGAAGUUUCAGAGGAGAAGGCCACUGCCACCAAUGAGAUUUGCGAGGACAAAAUUCAAUUGAUAUCCGAUAAAUUGAAGGAAGCUGAGGCAAGGGCUGAGUUUGCUGAGCGGUCUGUGCAGAAGCUGCAGAAGGAGGUUGACAGGCUUGAAGAUGACCUGGUUUCCGAGAAAGAGAAGAACAAACUGCUUCAAGAAGAGAUGGAAGCCACCCUGCAUGACAUUCAAAACAUGUAACCUGCUCCUGCCGCACCCCCCUUGUGCACCCGCAUGCACAUUGUGUUAUGAAAUUGUUGCUGAAAAGGAGAAAUACAAGGAAAUUGGAGAUGGUUUGGACCUAGCCUUCGUAGAAUUGUAUGAUUUCUAACGUUAGGCUACGAGCGUGCGUGCCAUCACAACUCGCCCUUUCAUCCUCACCAUACACUGCUGUUAAUUCUGAGAGCCUCUCUCCAGAGUAACAGAUGGACUUGUCAUAGUUGUGUACAGUGCAAUCACCACUUCGUUCUUUUCUUUCUUUUUUUGUUUUGUUAUGAAAUUGCUUGUUUUUUCUUUGUCUUAUUGAUUGUUAGCUUAAUCUAACUUUCUGCCAUCACAGCUUUUGUUUGCUAGGUAUUUACUUUGUGUUAUCUGAUUCUCAAAAUUUAUGCUCUUCCAACCUGUGUGGCUUCCAGAGGAAGCUGAUACACCUAUUUCUUAAGAAAAAGAUUUUAUUUUAUGAGUAUCAGAAAUAUCACCUCAUUUCUGUUAUGAAUGUUGAAUAUCAAAUGAAAUCUAAAGUUAAUUCUGCGUUUUGCCUCUUGCUAAGGUUUCAAGGAUAAUAUCCCUUGAAGGAGUUCUUAGGUCGCUCAAGUUGCCUCUACUUUUAGGGUUAGACUUUGGGAAAUUUUUUGAUUGGAUGUACGCUUAUCAUGAUCAGAGAAAUGAAGUAACUUGAGUCAAUUCACUUUGUUUGCGAAAGAGACUAAGCAGAGCAGUUUCCGCAAGAUCGCUGCAGACUUUGCUAUUUUAAGAAUAGUAAUUAAUGAGUGAUAUGCUUAUUCAUGCUUCUGCUUACUUUUAACUUUUAACAUUGGAAGAUAGAAUCAGGAAUCGGAUGGGAGAUUAGUCAGCUGGACAGUUUUUAACAUGUAUCUGGAGAGGAAAAAAACAGAAGUAAUUCAUCAUGCAGAUCAAUUGUUUCACAAGUAUCUGGAGGAGAACUGAUUUGCUAGCUUGUUAUUGUACAGUUAUAAACUCAUUCCUCUCAUGAAUUGUUAUCGUUUUGAAAAUAUUGAUUCAUUAAUUGAAGUUUUAGCCAGUUCCUUCUGUACAUUUUCCCUGUAUUUAUACAUAAUUUAUCUUACGGAUUCAUAACCUUUAAAGUUUAGUCCGUAUGUGGGAACUUUUCAACUGUAACUGAACAACCUUAAUGACAAUUCUUUUUUAUAUAUAUUUUGAAAUUAAAUUUUAUUUUUUGUUUAUUUA